AUGAGUUUGUCAGUCACGUUCACAGAGCUGGUGAACAUCGCCAUCUCAAAGGGCGGUGUGGUGAACUUUCAGGCUCUCCACCUGCUGCUUCAAAGUAUCCUGGAGCACAUCCACAUGGCCGAUCUGAAGAAGGUCCUUUCAGGAGACGAGGACUUCCUCCAGACCUCGCAGGCUGUGCUCUUGCCCAGGGAAGGAGAUGCCCAGCCCAUCCUGAACCCCAUGAAGAAGUUCAACAAUGUCUUUGACCAUGUGGUGAACCGUCUGGACAAAAUGGAGAGCCAGCUGGCCAUGCUGCAGGAUCUGCCCUCCACGGCCCAGCUGUUGGAAGCCAGCCAGGGGACCAACAAGCCCGCCCAGGAACUGUGGCACCUCAUAAAGAUGCGGAAGAUGGUGGAGGGCAGUGAAGAAACCAUGGCCAAGACCAUGGAAGUCCUGCAGGAGCUGCUCACUGACCUGAACUCAACCAAGGCCAUCAUUGAAACCCUCAGGAAGGAGGUGGACAGGCUGAAGGACCAGUUUGAAAAGAUGAACUUGGAAAAAUUUGAUACGUUCUUGGAUGAUUUCAGAAGACAGACCCGCAAGUUUGCUGCUCUGCAGAGGGAACUGAAUGCUGUUCAGAACAAGAUAAACGCCUUCCCCAAGAACGAAGAGUUGGUGUUGUGGACGAGUCUCCAUGAGGCCAUGUUCCCCUCGGCCCUGCAGCAGGGGCCAGGCCCGCUGUGGCAGAUGGCUCAGCCUUUCCAGGAAUCUCCCCUGCUCGAGACAACCGAGUACAUCCAAGAUGUGGACCGCGUCAGGGCCUCAGAACCUAUCCAGGGCACCGAACUCUUGCAAACUGUGUGGCAUUACGAGACCCCAGAGGUCCUCCCCGUGGAGAAACCUGCACACGCUGUUCUGUUACCUGGGGCCCAGGAGCCAGCAUCCCAGCCAGGCUCCGAAAUACCACCUGAGCCCAAGCCUGGGCUUGAGCCUGAGUCCCCAGCAGGGACGGAAGUCGAGCCUGCACCAGGGCCCAGCCAGGCCCCCGAGUUUGGACCAGCAUCUUGGCCUGCAGGACCUGGGCCUUCCCACGGACCUCCACCCAUGUUCUUUGGAGGUUGGCCUAUGCCCCCCAGAGGUUGGCCCAUGCCCCCCAGAGGCUGGCCCAUGCCCCCUGGAGGCUGGCAUGGAGCAGGUGCUUGGCCUUUCUGGGCCUUGGACUUCUUUGAGCCAGGUUCAGGCCUGCCAGGUCUCCUACAGCCUACUCGGCCCAAGUACCCCCCAUCCAGGGCCCCGCCCCCGGCCACCGAGCUGGGCUCCGCCUGGCCUCAGCCCAUCCUACCUUACAAGUCUCACCCAAUGGAGGAUCACCUCCAGGUUGUUACUGAAGCUGGGGAAGACCUAGAUGCUGAUGAGGACAAGGUGUCCAAGGACAAGAUGCCCAAGGACAAGGUGCCCAAGGACAAGAUGCCCAAGGACAAGGUGCCCAAGGACAAGGUGCCCAAGGACAAGGUGCCCAAGGACAAGGUAUCCAAGGGUCCCAAGUCUGCCCUUGAUCGGAUAAAGACCACUGCUGCUAUUGCUGCCGCUGCUGCCGCUGCUUAUGCCGCCGCAGCCAACUCUGCCGCCCAGGCUGCCAAGGCCGCUGCCAAGGAGCUCAAGGACACCCCUGCCACCAAAAUGGCCACCUUAGCCACCACCACGGCCUCCGCUGGGCCACUGGGAGUGUUUGUGGAUGAACUGGGCGCCGGGCCCACUCGUGGCGCUACCAGCUACAUGAACUUUAGCCACGAGGCAGAUUCAGACAACUAUUAUUACUUCUCUCCUCCAAAUUCUCUGUUCAACAUCUCGGACCGUUCCCCGUCUAUCACCUUGAGCCCGGAAGAGAAGAAGAAGGCAGUGAAAUAUUCCAUGAGUUACAUAGCGUCUCUGCCUGCACGACAUGACUCCAUGAAAGAAGAGUUCUCCCACCUGUCCUCCAAGCUGCAGCAGCGUCUGACCUACCUAGCUAACAUGGGUGCCUCUACCAAGCUCGGAAACACUGUGGACGUACUGCAGGAAAAGAUUGGCAGCCUCCAGAAGUCCAGGAUAAAGGAAGAAGAACUUGAGCGCAUUUGGGGUGGCCAGAUCCAAAUGAUCAAGGACCAUCAUAUCGUGUUGGACAGAACCAUUGAGAAGCUCCAGAUUCGCAUGGAUGAAUACAAGACUCUCCAGGCUCAGGUUAAAAAGCUAGAAAUGAGCAAGGUGGAUAAAAGCACAUUGGAGCAUGAGUUGAAAGAGAAAGCUGACAAGAGUGCCCUGGCAAGCAAAGCGAGCCGGGUCGACCUGGAGACUGUGGCGCUGGAGCUGAACGAGACAUUGCGUGGCAUGCUGCUCAAGCUCACCGUCUAUGAGGAAGACUGGAAGAAGUCCAUGGAGCAGCUGACCAAGGACAUGAGCUCCAAGCUAGUCCACAGUGACUUGGACCUCCUGAAGAAGGAAAUGGAAGAGGUCUGGAAAAUAGUCCGGAAGCUGCUGAUCGAGGGUCUUCGAUUUGACCCUGAUAGCGCUGCUGGUUUCAGGAAGAAGCUGUUUGAGCGAGUAAAAUGCAUCUCCUGCGACCGCCCGGUGGAGAUGAUGACCGGCCCACACCUUAUCACCAUCCGCAAAGCCCACCAGCUGUCGCGCCUGCGACCCACCAGCGCCAACAGUUAUGAGUACCUGCAACGGCAACAGAUGAGAGAGAGGCAGCUUCUGGAGCGGCUCCAGGGCCACCCUGAGGGGAGCGUGGAGUCCCUGGGCUCCCAGCAGGAGUGGGGUGACGGCCCGACCAACAGCACCAACCUUGGGUUCAAGUCAUAUGGCCUGUCAACGCUCUACCCCUAUGGGGACCCCCAACUGCUUCACUACGAUACUGCAGAGGUGGACAUCCUGGGAGUGGAUGGAAUCCUGUACAAAGGCCGCAUGAGCAACCAGAAUGAGAUGCGUCCCGCUGUCUUCGCAGACAAGGAGCUCACAGCUGUGAAGAUUCCAAGGCCCCCAUCUCGAAACCUGUAUGACCGUGUGCGUACCAGCUCGGUGUUUGGUACCUGUCUCUUAUGCCCCCCAGCCCUGUACCCCCGUACAAGCAUCAGCACAGCCUCCUCGGGACCCCAAAUGACAGUGCCAUCCCGGCCACCGUCUCUGCCACCCCUGCCACUGCUGCCACCACUGAUCCCAACACCUCGGGACUCCCAGCAGGCUCCAGGAGCCUCCAGGCACUCGAGACCCCUGCGUCUUGAGUCCAGAAUCAGCACCCAGCUCAAGGAAGAGCCCUCCAGCUUCCCAGGAACUCAGCGGCCAGCAGACUGCAAGGCAGAGCUGAGCUGGAGUGCCCCUCAUCCAACUGGGCACCACAUCCUUCUGGCUGUUUUCCCCUUCUCCUCCUGA